AAAAAAAUUUCGUAACCCGAAAAUUCUUUCCUUACCUGGAACAGUUUUUUCCAAGCUAACUUUUUCGUACCCCGGAAAUUUUGUAACGCAAUCAAUUCGUAUCCCGGGGUACCACUGUACAACAAAAUCACAUUCACAAAAAAGUGAUUCUUUUAUCAGCCAACCAAAAUGCAGAGACUGCAAGCAACUUAUUACAAGUAAUGAUUUACAAGUAAUUAAUUCUUUUGUGCUAAACAAAGGCAUAGCUAAGUUAUAUCACAAUUGUGAUGUGAUGACGAGUAAUGUUACUCAUUUCAUGACAUAACUCUUAACUGUUGUAGAAACUGCAGUAGCUAUACCUGGUACGCAGCCUGACAACUUAUAUUUUGCAUUACAGUACAGUACUGAUAAACCUUCUGAGGUUUUAAAACAGUAACUGAAAAAUGUGUUGUUGUUGUUGUGUGACUUCAAGUCAUGUCUGACUUAUAUUGACACUGAGGCCUAAGAUUUUCUGGGGCUGAGAGUCUGUGACUCCUGAAAAGUUGCCCAGUGGAUCUCUAUGGCUGAAUGGAGAAUUGAACCCUGGUCUCCAGACUUGUACUCCAACACUCAAACCACUCUACCAUACUGGCUCUUGAAAAGUAUUUAUUAGUUACUCCCAAACAACGAGUAAGAUUUGCCAUUUAAAAUUAAAACUACGACGAUAAUUCAUUGAGGUCAGUUAGAAUUGUAUAAUUAGAGGUAUAGCUAUAGCUAAAGGUUUUUUUAAAAGCAGUUUCUCAAGAUCUGUUAGUGUAAUAAAAAAAUUCAGCUACAUUGAGUUGGAGUGAGGAAACCAUCUUGAUCUUUGCUUUGUGGACCAUUGCUAUUCUUCUGGCUCCAAAACAGUAGUGGCUAAGCCAACACAAUGUUGAGUGAAAGCAGAUUGUACAUGCUCAGAGAAGCAUUCACAAAAGGAUGUAAGGGAGAAAUAACCAUUGACCUGGAACAGGUGCAGUAAAUAUUUCAGUUAGAGCCAGAAUAAUCAUAUAUGCAAUGUAUGUAGGGGAGGAAGGAGCAAAAGGAACACACAGGGAAGGCAUGUGAGACCUUCCUACCAGGUUACUUCUCUGUACUCUCUUUGCUGAGGACCACUUUAGCUGGCAUUUUGAUGCUGGCAAGGAGCCCAACUGAGAUACAAAAGACUGAGAUGAAUGCAGCACAAGAAGGCAAGGAAUGGAGGGAUGCUAGUGGUGGUAGUGAUGGAGGGUUGCCGUUUUUCUUUUCAGAAAUACCAAGUAGCUACUCCCAGACUUCAAUGCCAUUUGCUGUCAAAACCCUAUACAUCUACAAGUUGUGAUCUCAUUCAUGCACUGAGGGUGUGUGCGUUUGGAAAGCGUCCAUGAACACAUGCAUCCAUUUAAAAACAAGACAACCAGAGAAAAAUAUGUAUGUUACAAAAAUGCAAAUAAUGAAUAAUGUGCAAAUUCAGAAAAACAGAAGCAGAAAUAUGUAAGUGCCCACACUGGGGGGUGUUGGUGGUGGUUGCAAAACAAUAUACCAGGAAUACUUCUUCUUUUAGUUGGUUCUUAUGUAAUCAGUGUGAAUUAUAGGAGUUAUAGUCCAGCACAUCUGGAAGGGGCUAGAUUGGAGGUUUGAGUUAACUCCCCCACUUGAGGUAUCCCAUCCUUCAGUGGACAGUGAAUGAUCUCAGUAACAUAUGGAGGUUUAAAGAUUAUGAAUUUAAUAAUAUUUUAAUACUUUGUUUAAUACUUUAUUUAACACUUAUUUAAUAUUUAUGUAAUACUUUAUUUAUUUAAUACUUUAUAUAGUAAUACUUUAGCGGUUUAACUAUUGAUACUAUGCUAAUCCUUGGAACGGAAGUCUGUUCUAUUCAUGCCACAUCAAUUAUGAAGAAUGCGUCUGUUUCCAGCUAAAAUAUAUUUUGGAAACACAUGAAAGCCAAGCUAAGACAGAUAGCUGUAUUUGUCUGGGGCCAGACUCAUGACUUGCUGGGGUUAUAUUUUUGUUAUGUGGUUCUUGCAUUGAUCCUGCCCAUUUGGCCAGCUGGAGCUCCCUCCAAAGUUCAUUGGGCAAUAGGUUUUGACUCAUUUCCCCUAUAAAAGCACAAGAAGCAGCAGAGCCAUAUGGCAAAUGGGAAGAGUUCUUCUUCAUCAAGCCAAGACAGUUUUACAGACGCCAUGGCCAUGAGGAGAGCUGUAUUCCUCUUCACUGGUUUGGCACUUUUGGCUGAAUCAUGUUUAUCAAAUUCCCUUGGGAAGAAAUUUGUCACAGCUUUCUUAUCCAACCUCAAUAAAAGACAACACAAUCCUAAAUUCGAGCUGCUCAUCACUGCAUAUCACCCUGCAACCACUGUUACAGUGACAGCAAAUGGCCGUAUGAUACAGAAAACAUUUUCUCUUACUGAAGGACAAACACUUCCAGUUGAACUUCCAGACACCUUAGAGAUCUUGGGGAGUGCCUUCUCUGACAACACUGUGUGGAUCCAAGCAGACAAAGACAUCACUGUCUUUUCCACCAGUCACAAGGACUACACAACCGGUGCCACAGUCGUGUAUCCAAUCCAGCAGUUAGGGACAUUGUAUUAUGUGGUAACCCCAGAGGGCAACAUGGAAAAUACUUUCAAGGAAUUUGUGGUUAUGACUCAUGCAGUUCCUACCAGGGUUGAUAUCGAACUGCAAGGGACUGUGAUAUUCAAAGGACAUGUUUAUCGUGCAGGGGACAGGCUCGCUGUUGAGCUCGAGGCCUUCCAAGCAAUCCAGAUCCAAAGCUCAGAUGAUUUAUCAGGCACCUGGGUUGAAUCCAAUGCACCAGUAGCUGUCUUGAGUGGGCAUAGCUGUGCUAUGAAACACACACAUUGUGAUCAUGUUGUUGAGCAACUCCUGCCUGUUUCCAGCUGGGGAACCAUUUUCCUUAUCCCUCCACUGUCCUUCCAGAGGCGUUAUGACAUUGUGUAUGUAACUGCUUCCCAGAGGACUUCCAUGUCAUACCAAUCUGGGCCCACCAAAUUCUCCCAUCAAAUGGAAACCGGAGAAGUUAUCCAGCUGAAUGUUCAGCCCUCCCAGCCGCUUUACAUACUGGCUGACCAUGGCAUCCAAGUCCUUUUCUUCUUCACUGGGGUUUCGAGAGGGAGUAGAAUAUAUGACCCAUUCCUCAUCAAUAUUCCCCCCGUUACAAGCUAUUGCAAGUCAUACCAUGUGGAUGGAAUGAGUCAGUUUGACAAUUAUGCUGUUAUCCUAGCCAAAACUUCAGAAUCUGGUGGAAUCACACUAGACCAAAAGGCUACAGGAAGCAUCCACUGGAAACCAAUUCUUGGCACAGAAUAUUCCUGGGCUGAGCACCGUUUAGGCAGAACAGCACUUUCCCUAGAGCACCCCAAUACUCCCUUUGGACUCUUCCUCCUUGGAGGCUCACAACGGGAUGGUUACGGAUCUGUGGCCCUCUGUUCUUCCUCUCCCAGCUGUCCAGCUAAUAGUCACUAUGAAGACUGUGUUGAUCUGUGCUCCACCAGUUGUGCCAGGAACACAGAUCCUGAACCAUGCUCAGAACUGUGCUCUGCGGGUUGCCAGUGUGAUGAUGGCUUCCUCUUUGAUGGGUUUAGAUGUGUUCCUGCAGAGAGCUGUGGGUGCUUUGUGAAUGGAACCUACUUCAAGUCCAAUGAAACCGUUCUACUAAAUAAGUGCCAGGAGAGUUGCAUCUGCAUCCCCGAACAUGGCCUAAUAUGUGAAGCUCAUAGCUGUGCUGUCAAUGAGGCCUGUGGAUUCCAAAACGGAACCAUGAGUUGCAUUUCUAAUGAUCCCAUUCCAGUCCCAGCAUCCUGCCCUGAGAACAGUCACUAUGAGGCCUGUGGAAAUGGCUGCCCGAUAACUUGUUCUGACCGCACUGCUCCCUCAACGUGUGAUGAAACCUGUGUUGCCAUCUGCCAAUGCAAUGAGGGCUAUGUUCUUAGUGCUGGCGAAUGUGUCCCAGUGGAGACCUGCAACUGCACUCAUAAAGGUGCAACCUACAAGGCAGAGGAGGAGUUCUGGGAUGAUGAAGACUGUCAUACUCUCUGCAAGUGUGACCCCACUUUAGGCAAGGUUGUGUGCAAAGAAGAUUCUUGCAAGGGCAAUAAGAAAUGUGUUGUAGUCAAUGGGGUCCGGGGCUGUCAGGCCCCGAAGCACUACACCUGCAUAGCAUCUGGAGACCCUCACUAUAGCACCUUUGAUGGAAAGAAAUAUGAUUUCAUGGGGACAUGUAUUUAUCAGAUGGCGGGGGUUUGUUCCAAGGACCCUAACCUCAUCCCAUUUUUGGUCAGUGUGGAGAAUAACAACCGAGGCAAUAAGGCAGUAUCCUUCACCAAAGUAAUGACUCUGGAGGUCUACAACAUGACCAUCAGCCUGAGCCAAGAAUAUCCACGCAGGGUUCAGGUCAAUGGAAUCUUUGUUGACCCACCAUUCACCUAUGAAAACAAAAUCAAAGUCUACAUCAGUGGGGUCCAUGGCUUCAUCAAAACAGACUUUGAUCUGAAAGUCAGCUUUGACUGGUACAGCUAUGCCAGAGUCAUUCUUCCCAGUAUGUAUGCCAAUGCUGUCUGUGGGCUCUGUGGCAAUGCCAAUCAGGAUAUCAAUGAUGACUUUUCCAUGAAGGAUGGCACUGAAGCUAGUGAUGAAACUCAGUUUACAGACAGCUGGAAGCUGAAGGAGGUCCCAGGAUGCUCUGGAGGAUGUACUACUGAUUGUCCAGUAUGCCAGGAAACAUCAAUACAGACCUACAAGGGGGACCAGUUUUGUGGGAUCCUUGUCAGAAACGAUGGACCAUUUCAACAAUGCCAUAAGAUCAUUGACCCAACAAUCUACUUUGAUGAUUGUGUCUUUGACACCUGUGCAUACAGGGGUCACCAUGACAUACUCUGCAAUGCCAUCACUGCCUAUGUGACAGCCUGUCAAGAUCAUGGCAUUCAGCUUGGGCAGUGGAGAUCGGCUUCCUUCUGCAGCCUUAGCUGCCCCAAAAAUUCCCACUAUGAGCUCUGUGGAAGUGGCUGCCCUGCUAUGUGUCACAAUGAUUCCUUUCCAAAAACAUGUGAGACAUCGUGUGCAGAAGGAUGUUUUUGUGAUUCUGGAUUUCUCCUCAGCAGGGAUCAAUGUGUCCCUCAGACAGAGUGUGGCUGUGUGCACCAGGGAAGAUACUACAAGAAGGGAGAGGAGUUUUAUCCUAAUACUUCCUGCCAGGAGAAGUGUCAAUGCAUGGAUGAUGGAACCAUUGACUGCCAACAAUUUUUCUGUCAUUUUUCUCAUGAGGUGUGCACUUCAGAGAAUGGCAUCCUGGGUUGCUAUCCCCUCGGAUAUGGAACAACAAUAGCAUCUGGAAACUCUCAUUAUAUAUCCUUUGAUGGGGCAAGUUUUAGCUUCCAUGGGUCUUGUGGUUAUACAUUAGCCAGAGUCUGCAGCAAGGAUCCACGGAUAGUGGAUUUCUCUGUAUCAGUGGCAAAUGAGAAGCUUGAUGGCAACCCUUUGAUUCUAAUAAAGACUGUUGUGGUCUCCAUUCAUGGAUAUACUAUUGUACUGGAGAGGGGAGUGAAAUGGAAGACUAUGGUAGAGGGUGAGUUCUACACUCUGCCAGUGAACAAAGAGGAUGGGAAAUUCUGGAUCACCCAGGAGGGGAACAACAUCAUUGUCCAGUCCUCCUUUGGCCUCACAGUCCUCUAUGAUACUUCUUCGUACGUCCAUGUGUCUGUGCCUAGCAGAUACCGAGGACACAUGUGUGGUCUGGGUGGCAACUUCAAUGGAGAUAAGAGGGAUGACUUCAUGCUACCCAAUGGAGAGCUCACUGAAAGUGUGGAGGAGUUUGGGGCCUCUUGGAAGGUUCCUGUGGAUGGUGCCAUUUGCUCUGAUGGCUGUGGGGAGAGAUGCCCCACCUGCACUAUAGCCAAAGCCAAACCAUACAAGGCUGUGAGUGCUUGUGGAAAGAUCCUGUCCAAAUCAGGCCCAUUUAGAGAUUGUCACUCCUUGGUGAGCCCUGCUGAGUAUUUUGAUCAUUGCCUCUAUGGUAUGUGUGUGACCGAUGGAGCACAAGAAUCUCUCUGUCAGAGCCUUCAAGCCUAUGCAGCUGCAUGUCAAGCAUCUGGAGCCAAGACUGGAGCCUGGAGAACAGCCUCUUUCUGUCCACUCAUCUGUCCCCCGAACAGCCAUUAUGAAACCUGCACUGCACCUUCUGACUUCAGUUGUUUCAGUGUGUCCACUCCUAUCCAGUACACAACAAAUUGCUUUGAAGGCUGUGAAUGUAAUGAAGGUUACAUGUCUGAUGGGGGUGCCUGUGUGCCUAUUGAGAGGUGUGGCUGUGUGCAUGGUGGACUCUAUCUCAAGGCUGGAGAGAGCAUCUUCUCGAGCAGCUGUACAGAAAAGUGUACUUGUAGCAGCGUCUCUGGCCAGCUGAUCUGUGAGGAGGCCAGUUGUCCAUUGGGAAAGACUUGCACACUUAAAGAUGGGGUGCGUGGCUGUGAGCAGAGAGAAGGCCGGUGCAAGAUCUCUCCAGAAGCCCAGCUCACUUCUUUUGAUGGUGCCUCGGGAGAUUUCUUCUGGAGUGGGGUCUAUGAAUUGGCUCUUCUUUGCAAUGACAGUGCCCUCUCCUGGUUCAGGGUCUUAGUCAGCUUCGGAAGAGACAGCGAUGAUGGCUUAGUGCUUGCAAAGGCCAUCUAUGUUUUCUUUCAAGAUACAUUCGUUGCCGUGAAAAGUAACAACAAGAUGUGGGUAAAUGGGCGCCCUGUACAGACGCCAUACAUCAAAAAUGCUGUGUCUGUGAGCCGAAUUCAGGAUGGGUCUAUGAUUGACCUAGAUACUCAGGUGCAAGUUUACCUCCAUCCCAAUGGAGAAGUGAUGGUGAAAGCCAGUGAGACCCUUGCAGAGAAACUCUGUGGACCAUGUGGAAACUUCAAUGGAGACAAGUCUGAUGAUCUAAAGCUGCCCAGUGGGGAGACUGAGAAGAAUACUUCUGAGAUCCUUCAUGCUUGGAAAGCCAUGGACUUCUAACAUUUUAAAAAUUCUGUCAGAGAUUUGCUCUUUCUGACAUAUCAUUUCAGCUGAAGAGCUGCAGACUGGUUUCUUUCUUUGGCCUCUUCUGAAAGUGCUGAGCUUUAGAUUCACACCAAAGGAACCCCCAUUAAGAAGAACAUGUAUGUCUCACAAAAGGAUCAUUCAUAAAUCAUAGGAUUUGUAGUUUGCAAGGACUUUGGCCUACACUGCCAACUGGAGUACUGGUGCCUCACCAAACUACAAAUUCCGGGAUUAUUUAUGUUUUUAACCAUUAACCAAUGUUAAUUUUAUACUGUUUUAACUCAAUGGUUUUAAAUGUUUUUAAAUUCUGACUGUAAAG